AUGAGUGCAGUUUGUUGGCCAUAUUUUGAUCCUGAGUAUGAGAAUUUCAGCAACAGAAUCAACCCUCCAAGGGUAUCAGUGGACAAUGCUAGUUGCCAUAAAUGUACACUAAUCAAGUUUGAUAGUGUUAACAAACCUGGAAUUCUGCUAGAAGUUGUGCAAAUUUUGACAGACCUUGACUUUAUAAUCACCAAAGCUUACAUAUCUUCUGAUGGGGGAUGGUUCAUGGAUGUAUUUCAUGUCACGGAUCAGCAUGGAAAAAAGAUAACAGAUGACAAAACCAUUGACCUCAUUGAAAAGGCUCUAGGACCGAAAAGCCAGAGUAAAGAAGGAGUGAAGAGUUGGGCAGGAAAACGGGUUGGGGUGCAUUCUGUUGGUGAUCAUAUAGCCGUUGAGCUAAUCGGAAGAGACCGCCCCGGUCUCUUGUCUGAGAUCUCAGCUGUCCUUGCCAGCCUCCAUUUUAAUGUGGUUGUAGCCGAAGUUUGGACACAUAACAGAAGAAUAGCUUGCGUCCUUUAUGUCAAUGACAGUACGAGACAAGCCGUGGACGAUCCAAAAAGAUUGUCUCUUGUGGAGGAGCAGCUCAAUAACAUCUUACGCGGAUGCGAGGAUGGCGAUAAAGUUGCUAGUAGAACUAGUCUCUCCAUGAGUUUCACACAUAUCGAUAGGCGGCUCCAUCAAAUGCUGUUUGCUGAUCGGGAUUAUGAAAGUUCUGGAGUAACGACGACAGACAGUGAAUGUCCUCCCUCUUUCCGGCCAAAAAUAGCGAUAGAAUGUUGCAAGGAAAAAGGUUAUUCGGUGGUUAGUGUCAGGUGCAAAGAUCGCGCAAAACUCAUGUUUGACAUUGUUUGCACUCUUACUGAUAUGCAAUAUGUUGUUUCUCAUGCCACAAUCUCAUCAGACAAACCUUAUGCAUCUCAGGAGUAUUUUAUUAGGCACAUGGACGGAUGCACGCUUGAUACAGAAGGAGAGAAAGAAAGGGUCAUCAAAUGCAUCGAAGCUGCUAUUCAAAGAAGAGUAAGCGAGGGUGUGAGCCUUGAGUUGUGUGCAAAGGAUAGAGUGGGAUUACUGUCGGAAGUAACAAGGAUUCUAAGAGAGAAUGGCCUGACAGUUUGUAGGGCAGGUAUAUCAACUAAAGGGGAGGAAGCACUUAAUGUCUUCUAUGUGAGGGAUGCAUCAGGGAACUCAGUGGACAUGAAAACUAUAGAAGCGCUUCGUAAAGAAAUAGGCAAGACAAUGAUGGUAGAUGUUAAGAAGGUACCAACAUAUGACAAAGAACCAGAGACAAAAGGAUGGGCUAAAACUAGCUUCUUCUUUGGUAACUUGUUGGAAAGGUUCUUGGCUUAA